UCGGACUCCUGAGGCUGCGUCGUCCCUCCGAGCCAGAUCCUUUCAAACUCUUGUCAGCAAUCUCUAUUAGACUCCCGGGCUACCAGCCUUGAGGAAGCAUUCGCAUUCGGCUUUUGCUGUUCGUCUCAGCGUUAUCAAGAUAACUACCGGCGCAACGCGUGGACUUCAUCAGGCCCACCAAACGUAAUGGACGCUGACGGAAAUGGAACCUUGAGCAACGUCUUAGGCUGGGUGUCUAUAGCAUGCUGGCUUGUGGUGUAUACUCCGCAGAUCUACGAGAAUUACCAACUCAAGUCUGGCGAAGGGCUCAGCGUGUUCUUCGUACUCAUUUGGUUGAUUGGAGACCUAUGCAGCCUGUCAGGCGCUCUCCUGGCGAAUUUAUUGCCGACUAUCAUCAUACUGGCAACAUACUAUUCGGUAUGCGACUCGAUACUUCUGUUCCAGAUUUACUAUUACCGCUGGACAAACAAUGCAUCACCAAGAGAACCUGCACCUAUAUCCUCGGAAUCGGCUGCUCAAGAUCUCGAACGAACGCCCCUAUUGACACAUAAUGGUAACGCGGCAGAAGUCAGCGUGAAGCCCUCCAUCACCCGAGAGUUCACGAAAUAUGCCGGCGCCUUAUGUUUCGUCUUCGUGGUCGGCAUCGCUGCUUGGGCAAUGGACGAGCGCAUCCAUCGAGGCCAGGCUCCACCCAAACGCGACGAGAUUGUUGAAUGGAGAAGCCAGAUCCUUGGUUGGAUCAGUGCGGCCAUGUUCCUCGGAGCACGGGUACCACAGAUUGUGAAAAAUUUCAAGACGAGGUGUGAAGGGCUCUCGCCCUUCCUCUUCGUGUAUUCAAUUACGGGAAACACGACCUACGUCCUAGCUAUUUUGGCCGCCUCCAUGGACCUCCAGCAUCUCAUCGCGAAUGCAUCGUGGAUUGCGGGGAGCGCUCUGACGGUCUUUUUGGACGUCUUUGUUCUCUCGCAAUUUGUCUACUACCGAAGCGCGGACAGUCACCAGCCUUGCGCUGAGGCAUCAUAAAACCGUUCAUGUUUGCCCCGUUUGGACCAUAGUCAUGUGUGCAAGAAAAGAUCAUCGCAGUCCAAUAGUGUAGCGUUGUCCCUGUGUCAUGGUGUCUAGUAGGCGCUGCGCAAGAGUAGAUCUAGACAAGCAUUGCCGUUACCGAAUGUCGAUGCGGAGAAAGGUCAGUCUGAUGGACUGUGACCGGUACCGGGUACGAUAUGAGGGCGCGAUAAGGCGAGACAGAAG